GUUGAAACAAGAAUAAAUUCCCCUAAAAUUUACUGGUAUGGUUGUCUUCCAUACCCAACACCGGACCUUUCGCUUUUACUUACGAAAGGAACGUGUUUUUCGGUAACGUGGUCGGAGAAAGAGAGAGAGAGAAAAAAAAAUCAGCUAACAGAAACGAAACCAAACUUUAUUUCUGCCGAUGCAUUCUCCUUCACCAAUUUUCUUUAAGAAAGAGAGAGUAAAAAAGGAAGAAUUUUUUAAUUCCAUUUUUCUUUCUCUUUCGCUUCAAUCUAUAGUCGCCACACCACCAUGUCGUUUCCUCUGGGAAACCGACGCCGGGUUUCGGCGACUCUUCCGUUUUCGUUUCUCGUCGCUUUGUCAUUUGCUGUUGCCGCCAUCGCUGGUGGCUCCAAGUCUCCUUACUGUAACAAUCCUGUUCAACUGGCCAUGGUGAAGAUCUGGGUUGAUGGUGAUGAAGGUGAAUAUUUAGCUGGGUUAACUGCAAGCUUUGGAGCAACAUUGCCUGAGGAAAAGAAUAAAGUUCCCAAAUUGCCUGCUGUUUUCUCAAAUCCCCUAAAUGGCUGUUCUAGUUCUUCUUCAAAGCUAUCUGGCUCUGCGGCCUUGUCUGUACGAGGUGAUUGUGACUUUGUAACUAAGGCAAAAGUUGCACAAUCAGGAGGCGCUCAGGCCUUGCUGGUGAUAAAUGACAAAGAAGAGAUUGAACAGAUCGAUUGUUCUGGUGAUGUCAGUCCAAAUAUUUCGAUACCUGUGGUGAUGGUUCCAAAAUCCGUUAGAGAUGACCUUACCAAAACUAUGGCAAACAAACGUGUUGAACUUUUACUAUAUGCACCAACUCGUCCCAUCGUGGAUAUCUCGGUGGUAUUUUUGUGGGCAAUGUCUGUUGGCACAGUUUUUACUGCUUCACUUUGGCAAGAGUUUGGUAUUUCUGAGCAAACUGAGAAACGAUUAAAUGAAUCAUCUUCAAAGGAGUCUUCCGAUGCUGGAACAGACAGUGAUAAUGAUCAGGAAACCAUUGAUAUUAGUGUAAAAGGUGCUAUACUUUUUGUGAUAUUAGCAUCUGUUUUUCUGCUGCUACUCUUCUUUUUCAUGUCUUCAUGGUUUUUGUUGGUGUUGACUGUACUCUUCUGCAUCGGUGGUGUCCAGGGGAUGCACAAUAUCAUUAUGACUCCGGUAACAAGAAAAUGCAGAAAUUGUCCUCAGAAGACAGUGAGAUUGCCUGUCAUUGGGGAGGUUUCUGUUCUCUCACUUGGGGUUUUCCUAUUCUGUGUGAUAUUCGCUGUUGCCUGGGCUGUUCAUCGACGAGCAUCUUAUUCAUGGGUGGGCCAAAAUAUUCUUGGUAUUUGUAUGAUGAUAAAUGUCUUACAGUUGGCUCGACUACCUAAUAUCAAGGUUGCUACGGUGCUUCUGUGUUUGGCAUUUUUUUAUGACAUUUUCUGGGUCUUCAUAUCACCGCUUAUAUUCCAGCAGAGUGUGAUGAUUGCAGUUGCUAAAGGAAAGAAUACCGGUGGAGAAGCAAUUCCCAUGCUCUUGAGAGUUCCUAGACUUAUUGAUCCUUGGGGUGGCUAUAAUAUGAUUGGAUUUGGGGACAUUCUCUUUCCUGGUUUGCUUAUUACAUUUACGUACAGAUUUGAUAGAGAAAGCAAAAAGAGUAUGGGCAAAGGGUAUUUUGUGUGGCUGAUGGUUGGCUAUGGAUUUGGCCUCUUCUUGACAUACCUAGGCUUAUACCUGAUGAACGGGAACGGUCAGCCAGCACUCCUCUAUCUCGUUCCUUGUACACUAGGAGUUACAGUUGUAUUAGCUGCAAUAAGAGGAGAUUUGAAAGCGCUCUGGGGUUACAGCAGCAAGUCAUCUGCCAUGAUAAAUCCCACUGCAGAAGUUUGAAACCUGUAAUUUUCUUCAAAGCGGCAAUCUUGAUCAUCCAAAACUACCUAAUGGUUUAAAAGAUGGUUUCGGUGCUAUCUAUACAAGGAGUACAGGGUCGAUGAAAAGUCACGGCUCAAGUUUUUUAAGGUCAACUUGCCAUUCUAAUUUUCAUUCCUGUCUCUUGUAUUGUAUAUGUAGUGAUGAGAGGUUUAUUCUUGGCGUCACAUUGCUGCUAAUGUUGUAAUAUUCUGGAAUUUAUACAGAUUGUCAUAUUUUGUUUCAGCAAAAAUUGUGGGCAGACAGAUGUUACAUAUAUAACUUCCACUUUAAGGUAAUUUGCCUACUUUUUUUAUUUUUUAUUUUAUUUUGUCAAUUUGUAUUUAACUUAUGCCAUUGCCGACAUGGAGUGGCAAGUUGUACAAAGUUGUGAUAAGAGAAGACUAUAAUUAUAUAUAUUCAUUUAUGUUCCUUCGAUUA